UUCUGCUGGAUUGAUCGUCGAUCGUUGUGGGAGCAAGGUCGCGCCCGACCCAAUUCAUAAGCAGGCACGUCAUGGAGCUCCCCCUGAGUAUGGACCUGAGAGAAUCCAGUUUCUAGUUAAUGGUGAUAACGAACCAGAGGAGUGGUGUUUAGAGUUUAUAACUUUGAACCGUCAAUAGACGAAAACUUUUUCCUCCGGAAAGAUUGUAGAGAGCGAGUUAUAUCUUCCAAAUAAUUUGGAGGGCAUUCAAGACAUUGGUGAUAAGCUGCAUAAUCAGUUAAAUUUGUGGUCACAAUGGCGGAUACACCUACUGAUUCUCUUCGCAACCAUUACCUGCUCACAAGGUGGGCUCCGGAGAGAGGCUUGGUUUCGGCAGAUGGAUUCCAAUGGAUUGAUGAACGGCUGCAAGAAGCGCGCGUAAGCUUGGUAAGGCCUAACAGUAUGCGGUUGAGAAGCAGAAACAAGGCAAGCGGGACGAAUGAUAUUUUUGGCAGUGGUACGGGUAGCAGUGUUAACAAAGGAGGCGCUCUUGGCUUCGCUAGCCUCACUGGAGGUCUUGCAGAUCCUCAGCGAGAAAUUAAGGAAACUGAGGACCAGGUGCUGGAUCAAGCUGACAGAGUUUUAGAGAAGGCAGAGGAUUUCGGAGGAAAGACUGAGGAAUAUGCUAAAGAUCAUCGGGUGCCCGUUCCACAGGCAAACCUUCCUUUUUUGGGGCCAGUUCGGAGCUUGGUGCUCAAGCAGUUAAUAUGUGGAGUUGUAGCUGGCGGGGUAGCUGGAACCCUGGUUACUCCGCUUGACAUCGUUAAGAUGCGUGUUCUUGGCGGUCAUGGAGGCCGCUCAGUUGGCCAAGUUAUUAAGAAAGUGGCAGAAGAGGAAGGAGCUGAUAUUUUAACGAAAGGAAGCUUCAGCAUUAGCAUUAUUCGUAAUUCACUUGACAAAGGCAUCCAGUUCGCAACUUACGAAGCAGUGAAGAGAACCGAAAAGAAGAAAGACAUGAAAGAUCCUAAAGUGUUACCUUUGCCUCGUGGUAUCCCCCUUGCCACAUUAGCGGGCGCUGCAGCUGGGUUCACAUCAACAAUAUUACUCUAUCCUUUUAAAGCUGUCAAUGACCGUAUAGUUUUGAAUAGUGGAGCAUACUCAGGCUUUUUCCCAGCUUUCGCUCAAGUCUAUAAAACUGAAGGUUUUCGUGAGCUGAUGCGGGGAAUAACUCCAGCCCUCAUUAAGAUGGUGCCAACUGCAGCUGCCAGCUUCUAUACUUACGAAACCCUCAAGGACAAGUAUCUGAAAGAGAAGGGUAAGAAAGAACUUGACAAUUGGGCUUCCCUGACAAUUGGCGCAGUAGCUUCUGCUGUAAGCACAACACUGACUUAUCCUCUACAAAUAGCUCAAAAGGAGAUCAGCUUCAGCGCGUUGCCCAAGGAAGCUGUGCAUGUUGGCAGGAAUCUUCAGUAUACAAAUGUCAUUCAAGCUUUGAACGGUAUCAUCGAAAACGAAGGCAUUGGAGGCCUUUAUCGUGGUCUACCAAUAGAAUACCUCGAGAUAGUGCCCAUGACAGCUAUCUCAUUUGCUGUUUAUGAGUUAGCAAAACGAGCUUUCAUUGCUGUCAACGAGGAGCGUCGAGAUGAGGCGAAAGGAUCUCCCGAUGAGUGACAACCAUCAGACAAGUCCAUUUCUCAAUCCAGGCUUUGCUGAUGCACCCUAACAUGAGCUACUCAGGAGUAGUCUUCAAUGUAUAAUAGUGUAUAUUAUUAACCAGUUAUGGUAUUGAUUUACAUUGUCCAGUCUGAUUGGUCAAUCCUUGAUUACCUGCUCAUUUUUACCAUUUAGUAGUUCUAAGAACUUCAAAUGACUCAACAAAACUCAAACAACUCGCAUGGACCGUGAUAACAGCACAUUUUCUGUGCAGCACAGAUAAUAGUUUGCUUAGGUUAUUAUUUAAUUAACUAAGUUUGAUGGAUGUGAUAUGAGUGAACACUAAACAGAAUGCAUUUCAUGAUAA